AUGAAGUGGAAGAAGCUGAUGGGAGGGAAGGGGAAGGCCCAGGAGGGUGGAGCGGAGAGCGGUAGAGGCCCUCCUUACGUGGAUGUUGAUGUUCCAGGAAGCUUCGAUAAGUCGAUAAAUAGCGACGCGCUCGACGGCGAUUCGUUCGGCCCGCCGCUGACGCCGCAGACGGCGUCGAUAGAGGACGAGUUUCGACGCGGCAUGCAGGAGGUUCGCGAGAUGCGCGACAAGUACGAGGGGCUGCUGUUUCUCGUCGCCAACGCGCAACAGCGCGCCGCAGAGUUCUCCGACGCGUUUCGGCAGCUGUCCUCGUUUGUGGCUGGCGCGUUUGGCGCUAUAGAGGACGGGAACGUGGGCGAGGUGUUUCAGCAUGUGGCUGUGGUAGAGGAGCGCAUCGGACAGCUCUUCCAUUACUAUGCCAUGCAUCUAGCCCAGGCCAUAGCAGAGCCAACCGAGUCCCUACUCGUGGAAAUCCACCAAGUGGAGGAGACAAGGAAGCUGUAUGAGGCAAAGAGGCGCACAUAUGCAGAAGCCAGAGCAGCAGCACGCACCCACUUGCCAUCCCCUGCCACCACACGGCUAGGUUGCUCUGGAGUGGUGGGCGGGGGCAGGGAGGGGAGUGGGGGAGGGGGAGGGGGAGGCGGAGGGGGUGGGGGCGGAGCUAGCUCCGCAUCAGCAGCAGUAGCAGGCGGAGGAGAGGGGGCGGCAGUGGCAAGAGCAGCAGCAAUUGGCGAGACAGACUGGGAAGGAGGGGCAGCGCGAGGCAGGGGCAGGCACGAGCCAGAGGAAGGCGAGAGGGAGGAGGACGAGGAAGAGGAGGAGAUGGGCGAAGAGGAACGAGCAGCCAAGGAGGAAUUCGAUGAAGUAGCAAUGACUCUCGGGUGCAGGAUACUUGCCUUAGAACAGAGGCGGCCCAGGGCGCUUCUCUCUCAGGUGGUGAGACACCACGUGGCGAAGAGCAGGCUGUUGAGACGGUCUCAGCUGCAGCUGGGGCAGCUGGAUGGGAUCAUGGGGUAUCUGGUGGAAGAGCUGGGGAUGGGAGGUGUGGCGCUGCUUAGUGCGGUUGAUGAGGAUGAUUAUGACGAGGAUGAUGACUUGGGAGGCGUGGCAGCAGGCAGUGUGGAGCAGGUCACCUCAUCUCAAGAGACAUCCACCACGCUCCCCCCUCCCCCAACCUCCGCCCCCUUGCCUUCGCUUCCCACCUCGGCCCCACUCCCCGCUCCCCCCACGUCCGCGCCCCUGCCCUCCCCUCCUCCCGCCCACUCCACCGAAGCCACUAUUACCAGCAGCGGCAGCACCGCUAUCAUCUCUCCAGCUGUUGCUUCUGCAUCUGCUGCUGCUGCUGCCUUUGCGGCACACCCUUCUUUCACAGCUGCAGUGGUUGCAGCAGCAGCGGGGGGUGGGGGUGGGUUGAGGGGGAGAGCAGCACACGUGGGACCCUUUGCCAUGCAAAUGUCUGGCCCUCUUCCUCGCCCCUCUGCUGUUGAACAAGCUGCAGCAGGAGCUGCUUCUGCUACAGCCCCUGCUGCUGCGACAGCUGUUCCUGCUGCCAGUCCUGCAUUCAUUGCAGGUGGCUCGGCAGGCGGUUCGGCGGGUGGUUCGGCAGGUGGAGCAUGUGGAAGUGGGGGAGGGCGGUUCAGCAUUGGCUCUGCCAGCAGGGAAGUCCCAGCAGGUGGUUUGACAGGAGGUCCUUCAGGUGGUUUGGCAAGGGGCUUUACAGCCAAGCCCCAGGCACAGCAGCAUCUGCCGCCGCUGCCACUCCAGCCGGGGCCCCUCUCGGGUAUGCCUAUGGCGGCGCAGCAGGGGGAGCAGGCCCUGCAGUCGCCACAGCAGUUCCAAUGGGGGGUGUUUCACCUGGAGUUUCAGGGGGGGUUUCAGGAGGCGUUUCAAUGGGAGUUUCAACGGGAGGCCUGGGUCGGUGGGAGUGAGGGGAAAGCGAUGCUAUGGUCCCCUGGGGCCAAGGAGGGUUCGUCUGCGGCAGCGGUGGCUGGUGGUGGGGGCAGUGGUGGCGGCGGAGCGGGUGGAGCAGCAUUGGAUGUGAAGGCGGAGAGGCAGGAGAGAGAGCCCAGGGGGGCGGGCAGAGGGGCAGGCUCACUACGCCGCCCCAUGUUCCCCACAAUCAUGUCGGAGGGCAGCGAGGAGGGCGAAUCGGGCACCAGCAGCUUCACUGGCUCCCCGUCUCUGUGUUCCAUCGAUAGCCCUGUAGCUGCUGCACCUGACGACCUCACCCUUCCCCGCACCCAGGGUGCCGCCUCUUCGUCCUCUUCCUCUUCCACCGCCCAAUCCUCGAAAGAGCGAGAGAAAGCGGUUGAGCGAGUGGGGGAGGCGAGCGGCGACGGCGACGACGGGUUACCCGACCCUGGGCGAAAUAGGGGCGAAGCGGGAGGUGAAUUAAACGGCUCAAAUGGGGAGAGGAAGGCGGGCAGCUUUGGAGAGAAGACGGAGUCCCAUGUAGGGAAAGCGGAGAGCGAUGGAGGCAAGGCGGAGAGCAGGGGUGAGGUUAACGGGGAAGGGAGCGAUGGAAUGGAAGUGGGAACUAGUAUGAGGCAUGAGGGGAUGAGAGAGGGAGGGAACGGCGAUGGUCAGGGAGAGGCAAGGCUUUCUGAGGGAACUCAGAAGUCAUUGGAGAGGCGGCAUGAUGGGAUUGUGGUUGUGGAGAGCGAGGGAGGAAGCCGUCACGUAGGAGAGAAAGAGGUAGAGGAGAGGAAAGAGGAGAAGAGGGGGAUCGAGGUGGAGGAGGUGGAUAAUAAAGAGGGGAAAAGGGAGGAGAAGGGGGAGGAGAAGAAGAAGGAGGUGGAGAAGGAGAAGGAGAUGAAGGGGAAGAGGAAGGAGGAGAACGAGAAGGAGAAGAGGAAGGGGAAGAGGAAGGGGAAGAAGCGUCAGCAGUACGAGGAGAUCAAAGAGAAGGUCCAUCUAGACGUGCCCGCGGACUGUGACAUGUACCACGGCACGUGGCAGCCAGACUUGGACCCGCCGCUCUACACCAACAACACGUGCGCUGCCAUCUCGCAGCACCAGAACUGCCAGGGCAACGGGCGGCCCGACAGCGCGUACGAGCGGUGGCGGUGGCGGCCGGAGGGGCGGGAGGAGUGUGCGGCGCUGCCACGGUUUGAUGCGGUGGAGUUCAUGCAUUUGAUGAGAGGGAAGAGCGUGCUGUUCGUGGGGGACUCUGUAGCGCGGAAUCACAUGGAAUCACUCAUUUGCCUGCUCAGUCAGGUGGAGAACCCCCACCUGCGAGGCAACAAGAACCUGAUCCGAAUGGUCUUCCCACGCGCCAAGGUCACCAUUGCGCGCAUCUGGUCCGCAUGGCUCGUCCAAGAGUCCCCCGACCCUCCCCCCUCCGCGCUGCCCUCCGCCCCUGCGACCCUUCCGCGCCUGCACCUGGACAGGACGGGGGAGAAGUGGUGGGGGGGUGUAGAGCGGUACGAUGUGGUGGUGCUGUGCACGGGGCACUGGUUUGUUAAGCCUGCUCUGUUUGUGGUGGGGGGACGCGUGGCGAACCCGAAGCAGCUGUUUGUCUUCCGAACCUACUCCCCGGACCACUACGAAGGCGGGCAGUGGAACACUGGAGGCUCGUGUGCAGGCCUGGCCGAGCCUCGCGGCAGCGGCUACACCUACAAGAACUCGUACGGGAAUGCGAUUUAUAAUGAGCAGAGGGCUGCUUAUAGCGAGGCUAUGGAGGGACUAGGAGAAGAGUUCAAGUGGCAGUUUGGCCUGAUGGACAUAAUGCCCAGUGCGGGGGUGAGAGUUGACGGGCAUCCAGGGCCAUAUAGAAAGUUGAACAGUGUUGCCGAGCUGGAGAAACGCAGGGAGGAGGAUAAAGAGGCCAGGUAUCCUCCCCCGCAGGACUGCCUGCACUGGUGCCUGCCUGGGCCUGUGGACUCGUGGAAUGUGUUUCUGCUGCAGCUUAUCAAACGGCAGAGAGUCAUGGGGCUGGCAGGGGCAUAG